AUGGUCGUUACGAACGGGGAGAUCACCUGCCUUGGGGCCGAGUCUGCAUGUGUUUCCUCUUACGAAGGCGGCAGCAUUGUAUCAAUCAAACUAGACAACGGCUACAUCACACCCGGUCUGGUUGCGUUCGGCAACAACAUUGGCAUCUUGGACAUCUCCUCUGAGCCAUCCACAGGCGACGGGUCACCAGGUCGGAAGGGCAACGCGCUCAACGAACGGAAGGACCUUCACUUUGCUAAGUACGGAGUUCACUUCGGGGGAAGAGGUUUCGGCCGCGCUCGGCUCGGCGGUGUCACAAGAGCUGUCACUGCACCAAUCUUUGGCGGCGGGUUGCUUCAAGGUGUCAGUGUCGGGCUCCGGACUGCGGAGAACGCUACUGUUCUUGGAGGUGGUAUAUGGAAGAACGAAGUUGCUUUGCACGUUGCCAUCGGGCAGGAAGCUAAGGCUGAAGCCAAGAUACCCGUCAUCUUGACUGGCAAUCGCGGUGCCCCUGAUAAGUGGGAGAAGAAGAACUCCUUCGCCGGUCCUCCGUUGUCUCCGAGCCCCGCUCAGGUACUCAUCGACGCUGGGGUGCUCGUCGCGCUCGCAGUCAGAGGCGACUCCAAGGUCCAUGGGCUUGCUCAGGAGGCACAGUGGGCCGCUAAGUUCGCGGGCUUAAGUGAGAAAGAGGCGAUCAAGUUGGUGUCGACGAACUUCAACAAGAUCUUGGGACUAGAAGAGUACAGAAAGGGAGAUAGUCCUGCCGGAAACAAGUAUUCCGGGGAUUUUGUUGUGUGGGAGGGAAAUCCUCUUCGCGGCGAAGGAAGCGUGGUUUUGAGUGUUCAGGAUGAUGGAAAGAUUGGGGACUGCUGGCCGGAUUAUGAAGGUGCCGUUUUGUGA